AUGGAGUCAACCUACCUGUCUCCCUCUCGCCCAGGUCGUAUGGCAAUCGACUCUCUCUUGAAUCCCCCAGUGGAGGUCGAAAAACCUGCCUCCAAGAUCCAUUAUGAUCAUCACCUUCCUCAGUACUCGCCUGGCUACCCGCCAAGCCCCCACCAGUACUACUACAGCUUCUCAGAAAACCACCACCCCUACAGAGAAAGCACUGCUUCGUCACAAGAUCAAGCAUUCAUGCCCUAUAGACCACGAUCCACAGAGUCUUCCCCGGGGGGCUACUCGCGAGAUCGAUAUGACUCCGUAUCUAGCAGCUCGAGUAAUGCGCCAGAGCGACGGCGACCUCCCCGACCCAAGUACGAAGAAGAGGAGAUGUAUUUCAUCUGGUACCACCGCGUCGACCUGUGCCAGGAGUGGAAGGAAGUCCGGGAAAGCUUCAACCGCCAGUUCCCCAGUCGCCAACGACGCGGGUUCCAGGGCAUCCAGUGCAAAUUCUACCGAUUCAUCAGGGAGAAGAAAUGUCCAACCCUUCGCCAGCAGCGCCGCAUGCGCGACGGCGAGUUUCUCCGCAAGGGCUCUGGUCUCGCCGAAUCCAACGGUCCACGUUUUGGGGUGGUAGAAUGGAUGGGGGUAUGGUAUCCUUGGAUGCGUGAAAACAAAGACGAAGUCAUGACCCGUCGGAUACCACGAUAA